AUGGAACUAUCAGAUUUACAAAACAACAAACAGAAGAGAGGCACCACCACUCUUCCCCACCACCAACACCAACACCAACAAGAAUCUUCACCUUCAAAUUCUCAUCCUCAGCAGCAACAACAACUUGUGGUCCCUUUUGAUGGAAGGCCACCACCACCUUUCAUUAUGGGCUCCAUCUCCAAUAUUCAACCUUCUUCAAACUCUUCAUCUUCUUCAUCCAAUUCUUCCUCUUCUUCCGCUUCAGCUUCUGCAACUACUCCUCAUCUUAUCGAUGCCUCUCUCGCAAUCGCCACCAGAUCUGAACCUCAGGUACUCGACUCCACCGCCGUAGCCAACAACAAUAGUCAGAUUCAACAAUUCUCUUCUUCAUCUACCGCCGUCACGGUAGCAAAUCCUCCCAAACGAUCUACUAAGGACAGACACACGAAAGUCGAUGGCCGGGGACGAAGAAUUCGAAUGCCGGCGACAUGUGCGGCCAGAGUUUUUCAGUUGACCAGAGAAUUAGGCCAUAAAUCCGACGGUGAAACAAUUGAAUGGCUUCUCCAGCAAGCGGAGCCGGCUAUUAUUGCCGCCACCGGCACAGGAACAAUUCCUGCAAAUUUUUCAACACUCAAUGUUUCACUUCGAAGCAGCGGCUCCACGCUGUCGGCGCCGCCGUCGAAAUCCGCUCCUCAUAGUUUUCAUGGCGCGCUUGGACUGGCGGGGCACCAUCCGUACGAAGAAGCUGCGUACCAACACGCGCCUCUUCUAGGGUUUCAUCCUCAUCAACACCAACAACAUCUCAUGAACGCCGAUCAAAUCGGUGAAGCGCUUUCAAAUGAGAGUUACAUGAGAAAACGCUAUAGAGAAGAUCUUUUCAAAGACGAUAACAACAACAACGAAAGCGGCGGUGAUGGUUCUUCUUCUCCAAAAGCUUACAAAACAAAUCACCAACAAGAUAGUAUAGGUGAAGGUGAGGGUGGUGGAGGAGGAGGAGGAGGAGGUGGAGCUUCUUCAUCUUCUUCUCCGGGGAAUUCUAUAUCAGGACUUCUUAGACCUUCGAAUAUGUUACCGGGAACGGCCAUGUGGGCCACCGCAGGUAGUGGAAGUACAAUUUGGAUGGUACCCGUGAGCGGUGGUGGUGGUGCAACCGCGAAUUCAGACACACAAACACAAAACAUGUGGCCUUUUAGUCCUCAUACUCAGCCUCAAAAUCAAGCAAACGCCACUGCAACACCGUCUCAAUUACAUUUCAUGCCAAGGUUCAAUCUUCCUCCCGGUGGCAGUGGCGGCGGCGUUGAAUUCCAAAGUGGACGCGGUGGUUUACAACUGGGUUCGGUGUAUCAACCGUCACAGCAUCUUGGAUUAGCAGUGUCUGAUUCAAACUUGGGUAUGUUGGCUGCUCUUAAUGCAUACACAAGAGCAGGUCAUUUCAAUGUUAACAACUCUUCCUCAGAUCAUCAACAUCAUCACCAUCAUUCAAUUUCAUUGGACUCUCAUCCUCAACCUAAUGAUGAAAGUGGAGAAGAUGCUCCUAAUAAUUCUCAAUAA